CGCAGCGGCUAAUUAAUUGGUGGGCGUGGCAGGCAGUGAGUGAGUGAGGGAGCGAGCGCACCGGCACGCAGCACACCCACCCAUCUGGUCGCCAUCGCCGAUUCGCCAUCCCUCCCCCUCACUCUCUGCUACUACCACCGACGAGCGCCAGAGGAACCUAGCGUCCUCCCGAUCCACCCCGCCGCAAACCACCACGCACGAAGCGAGCAACCAUGAGCGCCUCCAGGAAGCUGUUCCAGGCCGCCAGGUCCCUCCUCGCCUCCGCCUCCCAGCGGUCCUCCUCCGCCGCCAUCCUCGCCGCCGAGGGCCGCACCGCCGCGCUCGCCACGCUCACCAACCUGGGCAGGAAGACCCUCCCCACCGCCUACGCCUACCACAAGCAGGGAUCCCACCACGCCUCCUCGGGAUGGGGAGCCUUCGCCGCCGCCGUCCCCGCUGCAGUUUACAUGCUCCAGGACCAGGAGGCUCAUGCUGCGGAGAUGGAGCGCACUUUCAUUGCCAUCAAGCCUGACGGUGUCCAAAGAGGCCUGAUUUCUGAGAUCGUGUCUCGAUUUGAGAGAAAAGGCUACAAGCUUGUUGCCAUCAAGCUGAUUGUUCCAUCCAAAGAAUUCGCUCAGAAGCACUACCAUGAUCUCAAAGACAGACCUUUCUUCAAUGGACUGUGUGACUUUCUCAGCUCUGGCCCUGUACUUGCAAUGGUUUGGGAGGGAGAGGGCGUUAUCAAGUAUGGGAGAAAACUAAUUGGUGCCACAGACCCGCAGAAAUCUGAACCAGGAACCAUCAGGGGUGAUCUUGCUGUUGUUGUUGGAAGAAACAUCAUUCAUGGAAGUGAUGGCCCGGAGACAGCAAAGGAUGAGAUUGCUCUGUGGUUUGAGCCCAAGGAGCUGGUCUCUUACUCCAGCAACGCGGAGAAGUGGAUCUAUGGGGUGAACUAACCGACGAAUCAUUUUGUUUUUCUUUUGCUCCCCAUUUUCACAUAAUUGCCAAUAGACCAAGGCUGGAUGUUCUAAUAAAGUCGUGACGUUCACUUUUGAGUUGGAUUGUGACCUUCUGGUGCAGUAAGGCACAAGGAAGGAAGGGAAUGUACCUUGAAACAUAGAGUGUUUACUGAGCAGUCGCGAUGUUUAAAUCAAACUGUAUAUCAUGUGAUCCAAGAUGGCGAUGCAGAUGUUUCUUUGGAUCUA